UGGACCAACAUGUUCACUCACACUCCAUCCUUUAUAAACUCACCCUCUCAUUCCACCAACAAUCCUCAAUCCCAUCAAACAAACAAACUCUCUCUUCCUCAUCACUUCCUUCAUUUGAGUUGUUUUUUUCUUUUCUUUUUCACAAGUUCCUUGGUUUCAGUUAUUGCAUCACAUCACAAACAUGUACAACUUAGACAAACCACAGAGAGACGAUGAAAACAAGCUACUAACCCCAUCUUUCUCUACCACUCUCCUUGACCAAAUCUACCGUUCCAUCGACGAGGGAGAGAGAAAAAACGGCGAAACCAAGUUCUACAGACACACAACAAUGACCACCACCAAGAAACAGAGCAGUAGGGGCAAUUCGAAAUCCAUGGAUGCGGAUAGAAAAUAUGUCGGCGCCAAAACCGACAAAAAAAAAGUGCACCGCGACGAGGAUGCUUUGUUCUUCAGCUCCACCUCGCUUUCCUCGGAUUCCAGCUUUGGAUUCUCUUCCUCCGACAACGAAUCCAUCUCGCGCGAAUCGUGUCUCGCGCCGCGCGCCAGGCUCGUGGGCGGGAGCGCGUCGUUCCGGUCGGAGAGAUACGGGAUUCGCGUGUUCGAGGGUUUGUGUCGGAACUCCCACACCUCUGAGGAGCGACACGUGGCGGUUCGCGACGAGGAGAUGUUGAUAAAAUCCAAGUCCCGGGCGUUGAAGAUUUACAACAACCUUAAAAAAGUGAAACAACCGAUUUCUCCUGGUGGUCGUGUCACGAGUUUCCUCAACUCACUCUUCGCCAACACUAAGAAAACAAGCUCCCGCUCCUGCGGCGAAGUGCAGCACACUGCUUCUUCUUCAUCUUCAUCAUCAUCCACCUCUUCCUCUUCCUACUAUUCCUCUACAUGCUCUUCUGCUUCCUCAUUGUCCAGGUCUUGUUUGAGCAAAACCAUGUCUUCAGGAAGAGAGAGGAUGCGCAGUGGGGUGAAGCAAACAGUGCGAUUUUACCCCGUGAGUGUGAUCGUUGGUGAAGAUAGUAGACCCUGUGGGCACAAACGUUUGUGUGAAGAGGAAGAAGCUUCAAGAGGGUUCUUGAGAGAGUACCGACAAAACCCGAAGAAGAGCAAUGAUUUAGUUUUGAAGGAGUUGUCUUCGAGGAGUAAAGUUGAUUACGAGGAUGAUGAUGACGAUGAUGAUGCGUCGAGUUAUGCAAGUUCGGAUCUCUUCGAGCUUGAUCAUUUGGCUGUGUUUGGAAGUGAAAGGUACUGUGAGGAGCUUCCAGUGUAUGAAACCACUCAUGUUGGUACUAACCGCGCCAUUGCUAAUGGCCUCAUAGUGUAAUACUAUGUUCAAAAUACGUGUCAGAAUCCAUUUUUGAAGUUUUCUUUAGAUGUUUUGUUAAGAAUGUAUGAUUACUGAGUAAAUAAUAUGGUUUUGGUAAGAUUUUUUUUGUUGUCGAACGAUAAUUGUGCUUAAUUUUUUGGAGUGGUAAUGGAAGGAUCUAAGGUGAAACCUGAAAAUCAGGGAAAGAAAAGGAAAUUGAUAACAGAAAAGAAAGAGAUAAAGCAAAGAGAGGAACAGUGAUGGAAGAAGGAAGCACGUGGUCAAGCGGGUAUCUCCAUGGCAGUGCAGCAAAAAGAGGAAGAAAAAGUUGAGGUGGAACACAGACACAGGGGCCUCAAACGCUAUGGCUUCUUCUUCUUCAUGUGUGGUCCACACCAGAAUUCGCUCUCUUUACUUUGCUUUCAUACAUAGGGAAGACAAAGUGAUGAAUACGGAGUUUUAGUACACUUUCACAAACGAUCAUAAAAAUAAUGCGAAUCUUUUUAUUCUUCUCUCUCUUUCUUGUUUGUGUGAAACUUCUUUCACCAAUAAAGCUUUAUCUUCAAUCCA